UUUUCCUUUUUUCUCAUUCUCUCUCCUCUUUUCCUUGCACUCUCAUCUUUUGCUUCUCGAAUCUAUGACAAAUCCUCCGUUCAUUUUGGACCAAGAAAAGAAAAGUCUCACACUCCUUCUUAUUUUUUCUUCUUCAUAAUAAUAUUAAUAAUACCGUUUUUUGUUUUUAUCCACAAUUUCUGUUUUUAUAGUUUUUUUUCAAAACCCUUUUUCAUAGUAUUUCCCUUCCCUCUGAAUCUACCUUUCUUUCUUUAUACAACCAACUCACGCAAGCGUCCAACCUCGCAAAUUUCGAUUUUGCUGUAGCAAUAGAAGAGGGGAAUUGAUUGAUUGUCUCUCAGUUGUAUCGGUCUUGAGGGUUCAAUUUCCUGGCAAGCAUAGCAGAUCUGGGUUCUUCAAGGAGUAUUGCUGUCCUGACACUUGGUGUGUAGAAGAAGGGCUAUCUUCCUUUCUACCUGUGUUUUGCGUUGUGUACAAGAGUUUGAGAACUAACAUCUGAUAGACGGCCAUUGGAAUUUUCUUCUGCUGCAUGUGGUGUCUCCUUUGCAGUGCCACAUCAUUUCAUUCAUGGGGGAGUGGAUUGUUGGAGCUUUCAUCAACCUCUUUGGUAGUAUUGCAAUAAACUUUGGGACCAAUCUUCUCAAAUUAGGGCAUAAUGAGAGAGAAAGACAUUUACUUGGAAGUGAUGGGGUAAAUGGAAAGAUGAAUCUGAAGCCUAUUAUAUACUUCCAAAGUUGGAGAAUUGGCAUUGUAUUUUUCUUUCUUGGAAAUUGCCUUAAUUUCAUUUCCUUUGGGUAUGCUGCUCAGUCACUUCUUGCAGCACUAGGAUCUGUUCAGUUUGUAUCUAACAUUGCCUUCGCUUACUUUGUCUUGAACAAAAUGGUGACAGUAAAGGUACUGGUUGCAACAGCUUUCAUUGUUCUUGGGAAUGUUUUUCUAGUCGCUUUUGGCAAUCACCAAUCACCUGUUUAUACGCCAGAGCAGUUGACAGAGAAAUAUACCAAUAUUGCAUUCCUUCUAUACCUUCUAGCUUUGAUCUCUAUUGUUGCCUUGCAUCACUCCAUCUACAAGCGGGGAGAACUUCUGUUUGCAGUAUCAGGACAUGACCUCAGACCCUAUUGGAGCAUGCUACUGCCCUUUUCAUAUGCUGUAGUUUCGGGGGCUGUAGGUUCAUGCUCAGUCUUGUUUGCUAAAUCGCUUUCUAACCUAUUACGACUGGCUAUGUCCAAUGGUUAUCAGUUGCACAGCUGGUUCACAUAUUCCAUGCUUCUUUUAUUUCUUAGUACUGCUGGAUUUUGGAUGACCAGGUUGAAUGAAGGACUGUCAUUGUUUGAUGCAAUUCUUAUUGUUCCCAUGUUUCAGAUAACAUGGACUUUCUUCUCAAUCUGUACAGGAUUUAUCUAUUUUCAAGAAUAUCAGGUAUUUGAUGCAUUAAGGACAACGAUGUUUAUACUUGGAAUGAUGUGUGUGUUUAUUGGCAUUUCUUUGCUGGCACCUGAUGAAUCAAAAGUUUCAGGUCCUGAGACUAAAGAUAGUUCUUUGGAUUCCAUGGUGUCUUCUGCCAUGUCAACAGAAACUAGCAGGCUGGUAGUGUCUCCCGAAGAAGCACAAAACAAAGACUCAAGAUCAUUUGUCAAAGCAAUACUAAUAAAGGUUACAGAUUUGUUGGUAAAGGCAAAGACUUCUUGUGCAUUGUCUCUUGGUUUUGGGGAGGAUACCAUCAACACAUCAUCGGUUCUUGUGAUGCCAAUGAUGUCAUCAAGAAUGACUGGAUUCAGAGGAAAUGGGCUUGAAAGAGCAAGAAUAUUGUCCAUGAGAAAUGGUUGGAGCAAGAUUCCAAUGGAUGAAGAUGCUGGCAAAUUGCUUGAAACUAGUUCAGUUGUUCCUCCUAGCCCUUAGCAGUGGUUGUUAGUGUCAUAGGAUGUCCCACGGUAUCAUUUUUUACCCCUUGAUUUCCCAUUUUUUUUAAUGAUUGUUGGAGUAGCUGAGAUAUAAAACCGUCAUAAUUCGAUUUAUUUGCUUAGCAUUCAUGUAAUUGGGAAAAAGAGGAUAAAAAAAUUGUUGUAUAUUGUAUAUACAUAUUGUAAAUUUUUGCUUGCAUAAUUGAAAUUUAAAAGGAGAAGAAAAUUCGAUCUUA